AUGCAUCUUAAGCACAUCGUUGCCGCCCUGGUGGCCUUCAGCUCUUUGGCAGCUGCCGCACCCGCACAAGACUCGAAAGCCGUGGUCAGGAGAGAUGAUCCGAAGCAGAACAAGGACCAAGGUCAGGCCAAGAACAACAACGACAACAACAGCAAGAACAAUGACAAGAACAAUAAUAACAAGAACAAUAACAACAAUAACAACCGCAAUGAGAACAUCAACAUUAUUCAGAACAUCAUCAGGCCCAACAUCAUCGUCGUCCAGGAGAACCUUGCUGCGAUCGAUCAGCUUCAGCGGCAGAAUGAGGUAGCGCUCGCGGCGUUGGUGCAGUCGCAGCUCGCGCUGGUGACGCAGCUGCAGACCGUCAAGGACAACAUCCGGGUCAAUCACUUCAAAGCGUUGUUUCCUCAGGCGAACACCGUCAUCGUCACCGUCACCAAUCUAGUGGACAGCAGGAAACAGGGACAGAAGAACCAGCGGUACCUCGUCAAUCAGCUGCUCGCCGACAACGGCGUCCCGGGUCACCAGACUCUCGUCAUGGUCACAGACCCGACGCCCAUGCAGAUCUCAACGGAGCAGGCGGCCUCCUCGCAAGCAAAUGCCUUUGGCGCCGCCAAUGUUCAGGUGGAAGAUGCCCCGGCCGUUGGAUCCAUCAACUCCAGCAAUCAGGCCGUCGGCGGUGACCCCAACGCGGCGCUCAACGACAAGUCGAUCAACCUGGCCGCCUUCGACCAGUCGGCGCCCUUCGGCCAGAUUGGGCAGUCUCUCAUCCUGCCCGCCGGCACGCUGGCCCCGCAGCUGGCCUCGGUCCCCGACCCGGCCUCCAUCAUCCUCCCCGGGCAGCAGGGGCUCUUCGUGCAGAACGCCGCGACGUUCCUCUCCGACUGCGCGACGUCGGUGGCGGGCGGGAACCAGGUCCUGGCCGGAGUCGCGGCGCAGGUCUUCUCGUCAUUUCAGCAGAUCGCCGCUGCGCAGCUCGCGGGGCUUUCGGGCCUAGGCAUCUACCCCGCAAACCAAGGGCAGAAAACACCGCAGGCGGCGCCGGCUCCCGCGCAGGCACAGCCUGCGGCCGCUCAGCCUCCCGCGCAAGCCGUGACGCAGCCUCAGGCGAGCGCUCCGGCUGCAGCACCGACCUCGACAUCGGCCGCGGCCGCGGCACCGCAAGCAGCCAGCGGGUCUGGUGUGAUCAUCGUAGGAUCGACCCCGGGAGGGGCGAGUGCUGCCCAACCCCAGGCCGCCCCGGCUGCGGCGCCAGCUGCGGCGUCCCAGCCGGCGUAA